UUAAGCUGCAUGUCAAUAACCGAGCACACGAGGUUAGUAAUUCAGGGAAGUGAUCUGAAAGAAGAAACAAGCAUGUUGCAGGUUUCUCGUACUGGCAUCAGCCUCUUUCUGUUUGUAAUGUUGAGGGUCUUCAAAAACAGCAUGGAGGCUAUGGAAAACGGGCAACAACAGGAGCCUGAAAAACAGUGGAUCUUGCCUCCAAUUAAAAUCACAGAAAAUAUAGACUACAGAGACAAGGAAUGUAUUGCCUGGAUUAGAUCUUCUAUCGAGCAAGACACAAGAGUGGUCUAUGGGCUGGAAGGCAAAGGAGCAACCGAAGAUCCUUUCAACGUAUUUGUUGUGAAUAAAGAUAAUGGUAACAUCCAAGUCACAAAGAUCUUGGACAGAGAGGAGUUUGCGAAGUACAAUCUCACAGGAACGGCGAAAGAUCUGCAUAAUAAACUCUUAGAGAAGCAGCUGGAGAUUCAGAUUAUUGUUGAAGAUAAAAAUGACUGUGUCCCCGUCUUUAAAGACAACCAAAAAGGAGAAGUUCUUGAACGGAGCCCGACAGGUACUACCGUUGUGCAAACAACUGCUACAGAUGAUGAUGACCCUGCUACCGAUCAUGCCAAAAUUACAUACCGUAUCACAAGUCAGUCGCCACGAUACCCAGAUCAGAUGUUUAAAAUAAGUGAGAGAGGCAUGAUUUAUGUUGACAAACCUACCCUUGACAGAGAAAGGCAAAAUAACUAUACUUUGAUUGUACACGCUAUAGACAUGAAUGGAGCACCCAAUGGCAACACUGGAACAGGAACUGUUCACAUUACAAUCCUCGAUGUCAACGAUAAUCCUCCUACGCUGGAAAAAGAUGAAUAUUCUGGCAGUGUGAAAGAAAAUAAAGCAAAUGUUGAAGUCAUGAGGAUAAAGGCCUUCGAUAAAGAUCUAGAAUUUACAGAAAACUGGGAGGCAGUGUUUGACUUUGUGUCAGGAAACGAAGGGGGCUACUUCAGUUUUAUAACUGACACUAAGACUAAUGAAGGAAUCGUAAUGUUAAAUAAGCCACUAGAAAACGAAGCUUUCCGUACCCUUGAGCUUGCAGUUGCCGUUAGAAAUCGGGUGGCCUUUUAUGAUGGAGCAGAAUUCAGUCCAAGAAGAAAAAACUAUCCCGUUAAAAUUCAAGUUAAACCUGAAGGUCCCCGGUUUAUUCCUAACACACUGUUUGUCUCAGUUUACGAGGAGAGGAAAAAAGUGAUCAUCAACAGAGUAAUUGCAAAAUAUCCAGCUUUUGAUCGGCACACUCAGAAAAUUAUUGAAAAAGUCAGAUAUGCAAAGGCAUUUGAUCCUGACAACUGGCUGUCAAUUGAUGUAAAGACGGCAGAGAUCAAACUGAACAAGCUGCCAGACCGGGAGUCCAGGUUCUUGGUUAAUGGCACAUACUACGCACGUGUGUUGGUCAUAACUGAAAAUUUCCCUGCCAAAACCGCCACUGGUACGAUUGCUAUCCAGGUGGAGGACCACAAUGACCACUGCCCAGUUCUGACCAGUACUUCCCAGUUUCUGUGUACUGAGAGCAGAGCUGUGUUUGUCACAGCUGAGGAUGGAGAUAUCGAUCCCAAUGGACCUCCCUUUGAUUUCAAAAUCAUUCCUGAAGGUACCAAGGGCACGUGGAGAGCUGAAAAACUGAAUGACACCACUGCAAUCCUGCGAGCCCGUGAUAACUUGUGGCCUGGUUCAUAUAAGGUUGCUGUGGAGGUGAAAGACCAACAAGGCUUCGCCUGUGCUGAUAAGCAGGUUGUAAAGAUAGAUGUCUGCACCUGUAAUGAACAGAAAACCUGUGAGGCCACAAGAAAAUCAACAGGUGGUGGACUGGGAUUUGCUGCCAUGGGUCUGCUCAUCUUGGGGUUCCUGAUGCUGCUCUUUAUGGCCCUAAAUCUGUUAUUUUGCUCAUGUGGAAGGCUUAAAGGGGGUGCAGAUAAUGAAUUUGUUACUGAAGGGCAAUUGAUGCCAUAUAACACAGAAGAAAAGGGUGAAGACAAGGAGGUUCCAUGUCUGAAAGCACCUCUGGGACCUGUCCUUGGAAUACUGCGUGUAAAGACAGGAGAGGGUGCUGGUCUACACAGGCAGGGGGAAAUUAAGAAAACAUUCAGAGACCUGGCUAAAAGAUUUGAAGGGUCUAGGACUGAUAACAUCCACGAAGAAGCUCUUAGCAAAGAAGUUCUGAAAACAUCGCAAAGGUCUUAUUCAAGAUUCGAAGAUGUCUGUGUUGACACAGCACUCUCUGAAGUGUUUUUGAAGGCUUACUAUUCACAGAAGUCAAAGUAUGCUGCAGAGAAAGCCCUGACAGUAACAGAUGGUGUGCUGGUUUUUGACUUUGAAGGACGAGAAUCCCCUGUGGGUUCAGUGGGAUGCUGCAGUUUCAUUGAAGGAGACGACGAUGAUUUGGAGUUCCUGAAUGACCUGGGACCCACGUUUAAGACCCUUGCUGAGAUCUGCAUGGGUGAAGAAAAGAAAUCAGAACUUGUGGUCCCUCCUGCCAUGCCUACUGUCCAGGAUGUGGCUGUAACUCGCACAGAGAUCAAGAGAGAAAACACUGUGACAACUGAUGCUGUGAGACCUCAGCCCAGCCCAGUUCCUCAGCCCCAGAUCCAGAAAAACAUCGUCACUGAGCAGUAUUCUUCCACCACUCUCCCAGCCAUGCACCUCAGAGAAAAUGUAGUAGUUCCUAGUCCUGCAUAUGUCAUCCUACAGCCUGUGUAUUACACAACCACCUCAGUGGUUCAACCCACUCGGUACAUUGUGGAGCCGCAGGUCCACAACACCGUGCUCUUCUCAGAAAGGCCAGCUGCUCCUAAUGUGCAGGGUGUGCUGCUGGUGAAAGAAGGCCCAGGCUCUGAGAAGGUCCUGUUUCAAGAGAACAGAGUGGUGUCUGGCUCUGCUGUGCAGGGCGGAGUGCUGGGUUACCUCCAUGGCAAUGGCUCUCAGAAUGUGGUGUUAGUGGAGACGAAGGCAGGGUCAGGGCAGUUUGUGCAGGAAGGGAUUGCUGGGCUUAAUCAAGGAGCCAUGCACAGGGUUGGACUGCCAGGCUCACAGAAUGUGGUGUUAGUGGAGAGGAAGGCUGGAUCUGGGCAGGUCAGAGGUGAAAUAUCUGGAAAACAGAGUGUGAUGUUUACAGAAAAAGUGGUAUAAUCUAGCUCGGUUUCACAUGGUGAAAUGAUGAAUGCAGGUUCCUUUUACAUGAGUGAUCUGCAUGGCUCUCAAAAAGUAAUUAUGAAAGAGGAAAUCAAAGUGUCUCUCAUCAAAGUGCAGAGUCUUAACUCACCAGUUCUGGUUAAAAGAGCCAUGCCACGAUUGUAAUUGAGAUUUGAUAGUUAUUUUUUCCUUUGUAAUCAUGAAUUGUACAUUGAUUAAAAAAAAGCUGAAACACAUUGGUUCAUGUUAUUUUCAUGUUACAAAAAGGUAGUUCAAUUCACUUCAAAUGAGCUCCUAUCUACAAAUGCAUAAUCAUAACAAUAGCUUAACAUUUUAGUGCAGUUCCAUACAUAUUUAGUACUGCAUGUGCAAAUUAGUCUAUAAAUGAAAGUAAAACUGUUAAAUAUUGCUUUUGGAUUUCAGGAGUUACAGUGACUAGGAGUUUAAUCUAUUACAUUUUAAAAAUAUUAUUCUUCUCUGGCUUUUAACUUGUAGUUACUUUCUAAGUGCAUGCUUUGUAUUAUGCCUGUUUCUUUGAAAUGUAUCUGCUUUGUACACCACUCAGUAAUUUGAAUAUAAAGGAAGCUAUUUAAAUAUUUUAACUAUUUCAUGUUCCAUUACCUAGUAUUCACAUGAAGUAAUACAAUAAAAGUUGGGUAUUUACUGACUACAAGGUAUUCAAUGUCUAUGUAUUUCAAAGAUUUUUUGGACAACAUUAAUUGGGCACAUAAUUAAUUAAUUAAUUAAUUAA